AUGAAAUCCCCAACCUCCCCGCGCAACAGUGGCUUCGUCCAACUCGGAGCCCUCGGCCCCAACCUCUCACACUCACACUCCCGCGACCACAUCGUCGACAUCCCACUCACUCCCAUCAAGAGCAACACCUCCAACAUCACCACCACCGGCGCCCGCAAGGAAGGCCAAAACCUCGACAACCGCCCCGACUUUGGCCGCGCAAACACCCAGGAAACACAGGACAACGGCGGCAUCUUCCACAAGCACAUGGGCCGGCGGCGCGGGCCGCAUAUUGGAGGAGAUGCGAGCCUGGUGGACGAUGAGGGGGCGCUGACGACGAUGGGAAGGCUCUAUGAGAGGGUGCUCAACUUUUCGAUCGUGACGAGGUAUCUGCUGUAUAUUAUCCCGUUGUCGCUGUGCUUUGUCAUGGUGAUAUUGGUGGGGCUGUUUGCGGCGCCCGAGGCGAGGAUUGGCGGGGAUGAGAGGCAUAAGGGGGUGAAGAUUGUGUGGUUCUUUGUGUGGCUCAACGUCGUCUGGUGCUCGCUCUGGGUGUCGAAACUCGUCGCAAAAGCUCUCCCGGCGAUCUUCCAGACACUCAUCGGCGUGGUCAGCAGCGGUGUCAAGAAAUAUGCCCUCGUUAUCAAAGCCCUCGAGGUGCCGAUCUCGCUCGUCGGUUGGGCCAUUGCCUCUCUGUGCUCGUUCCUGCCGCUCAUGACCCGCAACCCGGACCAACUCUCAUUAGGCGACACGGGCAUCCGCGAAUGGCAGCGCCGCCUCAAUCUUGUUCUCAUCGCCUGCCUUGUCUCGUCGCUCGUAUACCUAGGCGAGAAGCUCAUCAUCCAGAUCGUCUCCGUCGACUACCACCGCAAACAGUUCGCGCAGCGCAUAAAGACCAACAAAGAGAAUGUACGCUUCCUCAGCCAGCUGUACGAGGCCUCGCGCGCCCUCUUCCCCAGCUACACCGAGUUCGCCGAGGAGGACUACAUCAUCAACCAGUCGCUCGCCUCGACGCUCAUCGUGCCGACAAAGAGCGGGUCGGCGACGCCCAUGCGCGCCAUUCUCGGUAAUAUUAACGUCGUGCAGGAUAAGGUCACCAGCGCCUUCGGAAACAUUGCGCAGGAGGUUACGGGGAAUAAGAAUGUGUUUAACCCCAACAGUGCUUACUCUGUGGUGAUUAAUGCGCUGCAGAGGAAGCGGUCGAGCGAGGCCCUGGCGAGGAGGAUCUGGAUGUCAUUUGUGUCGGAGGGGAACACGAGUCUCGAGAAGGAGGAUCUUCUGGAGGUGAUGGGUAGCCAGUAUGAGCAGGCGGCGCUCGAGUGCUUUGCAAGUCUGGAUUCGGACGGGAAUGGCGAUGUCAGUUUGGACGAGAUGAUUAUGCAUGUCGUGCAGAUCCACAACGAGCGCAAAGACGUGGGAAAGAGUAUGCAGGAUGUGGACAAUGCCAUCCGCGCUCUUGAUAGUGUUCUCGGCUUCAUAGUCUUCGUUAUCGUUGUCAUGGUCUUCGUCGUCUCACAGCAGUCCAGCGUCGGCACGACCCUCGCCGGCGCCGGCACUGUGCUCAUCUCCCUCUCCUUCGUCUUCGCCAUCACCGCUCAGGAGAUCCUGGGAUCUUGCAUCUUCCUCUUCGUUAAGCACCCCUUUGACGUCGGUGACCGCGUCGACAUCGACGACAAGCGCUACGUUGUCGAACACAUCUCGCUCCUCUACUCAGUGUUCAAAUGUCUCGAUAACCAAAAGGUCACCCAAGUCCCCAACAACGUUCUAAACACCAAAUGGGUCGAAAACGUCUCGCGCUCAAAAUACAUGACCGAGUUUGUCAAGAUCGGCGUCAACUACGACACCACACUCGAGGACAUCCAGACACUCAAGGAGGAGCUCAUGCUCUUCGUGCGCGACAACAGCCGCGACUUUCAGCAGGACUUUGAGGUCGAGGUCGUGGGCAUCAAUGAUCUGGACCGCCUCGUGAUUAGGCUCGAGAUCCGGCACAAGAGCAACUGGGCCAACGAGCAGCUCACACUGCAGAGACGCAACAAGUUCUUCUGCGCGCUCGUCCUCAUCCUAAAGAAGAUCCCCAUCUACGGCGCCGGCAAGGGCGACCCCAGUAUCGGCGAAGAGGGUAAGCCAAUGUACACCGUCGCAAUCCCCGACGAGCUCGCCCAGGUCAACAUGAAGAAGGCCGCCGACACCAAAGCCAAGAAGCGCUGGGACGCGCCCAAAGACGACGACGAACCCGAGCCGGAAGCGGCGAGAGGUAAGGAGCCGGGCUACUUCAGCCCCAGCACGACCAUCAACGAGGGCGUGGUACACACCGGUGCGAGCUACCAGGCAUAUGUGACGUCGCCGCCGGAGGAGCGCAGCAGGGGCCGCAGCAGCGCGGAGAGUAGGAGGGACGAUGUGGAGGAGGUGAGGAAUCUGUUGAAGAGGAAUUCCACGAGGGGACGGAGGAAGAGGAGCGUGUUGCCGGAGUUGAAUACGCAUGGGUAUUCACCCUCGCCGUCGCAGUCCCAGUCGCAGUCGCAUUCGCCGGUGCCGCAGAUACAGUACCCGCAGCAGCAGCAGCAGCUGGGCGCGAAUAAUCCGUACCAGCAGCAGCAGCAGGGUGGGGCGGCGCCGCCGUAUGGGAGGGUAUAG